GCCGCUGCUGGUUGUCAUUGUCUUUUCUCUCUCGGCCAGCCACUCUUCUCAUGAACCUCUUCAGGCGCAAACAACCCGAGGCAAACAGCGCGAAGAAGAGGACGGAGAUGGCGCCGCCGAAGAGGAAGAAGGUCGCUAUCGUGGGCAGUGGAUGCGCUGGCCUGGGAGCAGCCUGGGCAUUAAAAGACACCGAUUACGACGUUCAUCUGUUCGAAAAGUCCAAUGAUCUCGGUGGUCAUACCAACACGCAGCCGUUCCGAUAUGGUGACAAGACGAUUCAAGUCGACACCGGCUUCAUCGUCAUGAAUGCCGCCACCUACCCAAACUUCCUAGCCUUUCUCAAGCAGAUCGGAGUCGAUCCCGUUGGUACGGAGAUGACUUUUGGUGUCUCCCGGAACCAUGGCGAGUUUGAAUGGUCAGGGGAGGGCAAAGGCAUAUUUGCUCAGCGUCGCAACCUAUUCAGACCGCAGCAUUGGCGGUUGAUUUUCGACAUCAUCCGCUUUAAUCAGUUCGCGCUGGACCUGAUCGCAGACGAUCCAGACGCCGCUGGAAGACUGGGCGCGUCCGCUGAGAAGAAGGAGCAGGCUGCGAGCUUGACCAUUGGACAGUAUCUGGACCGUGAGGGCUAUUCGCAGGCGUUCCGUGACGAUUACUUGAUUCCCAUGACUGCUGCUGUCUGGAGUACCUCGCCCGACAAGGCCAGUCUCGAGUUUCCUGCUCAGACUCUGAUACGAUUCAUGUGGAAUCACCAUCUACUGUCGACCUUGGCAGAACGACCACCGUGGCUGACGAUACCUGGCGGCUCACGGAGAUAUAUCGAUGCUAUACUCGAGCAAUUCCCCAAAGAUCGCUUACAUGUUCACACUCGUUGCGAGGUUGCCAACGUACUACGACCGGCCCCCAAUACGAAAGGACCAGUGAGCGUAGCCUGGAUCAAUCGCGAGAGCAAAAGGGUCGAUAAAGAGAAUUUCGACCACGUUGUAUUGGCAUGUCACGGCGACGAGGUCCUGCCAAUAUUGGCCAAACACGGGUCGAAUAGAUCGGCUAGGUCGAACUCGAGUGCUUCCACGAGCUCGUCCGAUGCAGGCAGCUUUGUCCCGUCUUCGCGGGGUGUACAAAACGUGAGCCAGGAAGAACAUGACAUCUUCUCUGCCUUCCAGACCACCGAGAACACGUGCUAUCUCCACUCCGAUCUGACGCAUAUGCCUACACGCCGAGCCACUUGGACUGCUUGGAACUAUCUGGUGAAUUCCCACUCAUCACAGCAAUCACAUCCUGCAGGCGUCAGCCUCACAUACAACAUGAACAUUCUUCAACAUUUCCCGGAAGAUCAAUACGGCCAUGUUUUGGUCACGAUGAACCCCGACAGCGAGCCGAAACCAGCGCUGACGCAAGGCAAGUUCCAUUACACGCACCCGCUGUAUACGGUGGCAUCUGUGCAAGCACAAGAGCGGCUCGAGGCGAUACAGAACACUCGAGGUGUGAGUUAUUGUGGAGCCUGGACCAAGUAUGGCUUUCAUGAAGACGGCUUCAGCAGCGGCUUACGAGUCGCCACUGAGCACCUCGGAGCCAAGUUGCCCUUUGAGUUUGUGGAUUCGACAUACAGUCGUGGACACAGACCGUCCUUGAUCUGGAAAGACUAUCUGCUCAGACUGGUCUUACUCCCGAUGCUGCUCUUCAUCCGAGCUCUAAUGAGCUUUGUAGGGCUCCCCUUGAUUGCACCAGUGGUCGAAGUCCUGGGCAUCUAUGGGUCGCGCGUGCUCGAUCUCGGCGAGUACGUGGGUCUGUUAUGAGUCUGCAUCAGAGCGUGAUAGAUAAUGGCCUUUGCAAUGAAAGUAAAUUCCUGAACAUAGGUAUAAUUCCUAGGUAAAUUAGAUGUAUAGAGCGUGGAACAGCGAUGAAUCUGCGAAUUGUUUAGUCAUGG